CGCCGCGUGUCCCGAGCCCCGGCGCGGGGCUCAGGAUGGGGGCCGACGCCGUGUCUCGUCCGCGCCCCCCCCCGUCGCCCGGCCGAGGGGCCGCCCAGGCGCCUGGGGAAGAGGGAGUUCGGGUCCGUUGGUUCGGGGAGGGGCGGCCUCUGGUCUCCUCGGCCCCCCUCCCCCUCGGCGGGACCCUCCCUCCCUCCCCCGCGCGUCGCGGUGUGUGCCCCUCGAGGUCGGGCGGGGAGGGGGGUGUUGCGGUCGAGGCGCGAGUGUCGUUCCCCCGUCCGGCCCCGGUCCGCGCCCGCCGGCCCGUGCUCCGUCCCGUCGUCCCCGCGGCCUCCGACGCGCUCUCCUUCCCCGUGCCCGCCCCCGUGACCGCGCCUCGGCCGCCGCCGGGGGCUGGUCGUGGGGCGCGGGCGGGGGGUGGGAGGUGCCGUCGUCCGGAGGGCCGGGGGCGGCGGUCGACCGUGGCGCCGCCUCCCGCGCUCCGUCGGGCGCGUGCGGUUCGCCUCCCGCCUCUCCCCUCGCCUCGCCGGGCGUCCGUGCGCGCGCGCGCGCGCCCCUCCCCUCCGAGACGCGACCUCAGAUCAGACGUGGCGACCCGCUGAAUUUAAGCAUAUUAGUCAGCGGAGGAAAAGAAACUAACCAGGAUUCCCUCAGUAACGGCGAGUGAACAGGGAAGAGCCCAGCGCCGAAUCCCCGCCCCGCGGUGGGGCGCGGGAAAUGUGGCGUACGGAAGACCCACUCCCCGGCGCCGCUCGUUGGGGGGCCCAAGUCCUUCUGAUCGAGGCCCAGCCCGUGGACGGUGUGAGGCCGGUAGCGGCCCCCGGCGCGCCGGGCCCGGGUCUUCCCGGAGUCGGGUUGCUUGGGAAUGCAGCCCAAAGCGGGUGGUAAACUCCAUCUAAGGCUAAAUACCGGCACGAGACCGAUAGUCAA